AUGGAUUUGGCCUCCAUUCAGACGGUGAUCGAAGCGGCCUCCAAUGCCCUCGAGAAUUCCCACACGCGUCUGGAGGCAGAGCGCACGCUCCUGGACUUCCGCUGCAGCCCCUCCCCCCUCGCAGCCUGCCAGCACAUCCUCAGCCACUCCAGCAUGCCGGCGGCCCAGUUCCAGGCGGUCCUGACCCUGCGAGACGCCAGCCUCCGACUCUGGCCCGAGCUGGGGGCCCCAGAGCGCCAGGGCGUCACCAGAUUCGUGCUGGAACAGGCCCUGCACAGGUCUCGAGAGUCCCUGUCCCUGGUGCGGUCCCAGUGCGUCCUCACCGCCGCGCAGCUGGUCAAGCGCGGGCACGGUGAUGCCAGCCAAUCGGAUCUGGGGCUGGAGGGCCUGGUACGGGGCAUCGUGCACCGAGCCCUCUCCACCCGGGACCUGCAUGAGCAGCGCACGUGCCUGGAGCUGCUGACCGCACUCACCGCGGAGUGCAACCCGCAGUCGGCCAGCCCCAUGGAGAAGCCGUGGAGCUGGCACGACAAGGCUCGCCAGGACUUUGAGCGCGGCGCCCUCGCCGAGGUCGCGCUCGGCCCACCAGCAUGCGACCGGGAAGCUGCACGCGCCAUGCGGCAGCUGGCGGUGCACCUGGCACAGACGAGCGAGCCCCUGGGGCCCCACCGCCCCGCGCCCACCUACACCGCCUGGUCCCUGCGCCUCGCAUUCCAGGCGUGGCUGUGGCCGCCCGGCGCGGCGCUGGACCGCGCCGAGCGAGGCACGGAGGAGGAGUUCCUGGACGGGUGCAGGGUUGUAGCGGCUGCGGCCGCCGCCGCCCCGGUCUCGGCCCCCAGGCUGUGGGACUGGAUCGAGCCCGGCGAGGGAACCCAGACCCGCAUCGCCGCCGCGGCGGAGCUGACGUGUGCCGUGUUGUCCACGCUGGCCUCAGACCCACAGCGCGACGAUUGGCUGACCGAGGCCGGGCGGACGCUGGUGGACGCCUGGGCCGCGCUCGCAACGGGACUGGAGGGCGUCCAGGGCGGUGCUGAGGCCGCGACUGCGGUCUUCGAGGCCGGCCUGCGCAGGGGCCUGGCCCUUGCUGCAGCCGAGGCCACCCAGGACGAAGACGAAGCCGGCGAGCACGCCGAGGCCGCCACGCUGGAGCACGACCUCGCCGCCCUGGUGGACGCCCGGUCCCGGCUGGAGGCGGCGGUGGCGGCCGCGAGUGACCCAUCGAUCCCCCUGGAGCAGCUGUGCUGGCUGCUCCAGGUGGCUGCCGCGCUGCUGGCCGACGCGCCGGGGGCCGACGCCGGGGACAGCCCCGCCUUGCCCCUGGCCUGGGAUGCGAUGAGGGACGCGGCGGCGGCGGCCUCCAUGCAACUCCUGGCUGUCGCCCAGCUCUGCGUCACGCACGGCGGGCACGACGCCCUGAGCCCCCGGCUGCUGGAGGUCACAUGCGUGAGCCUGGGAAGGUGGGCAGCCACCUGGUUCCCCACCGAGGCCAGCCUGCCGCCCGCCAGCGGGGCGCAGGACGCUGACGUGGCGCAGCUGCUCGUCCAGCUCGCGAGGACGGCCUUCCUUGCGUACCCAGGGGAGACCGCCCUGCACAAGAAGGCCAGCCGCCGCCUGCUGCGCGCGCUGCCGACCAGCGCCCCUGCCGCCGCCACUCUACUGCGCUGCGAUUCCUGGCUGGAUCUGUGCCGGGCAGUAGCUUCCCAGGAGCUGCUGGUCAGCGCCGACGUCGCGCGCCCGCUGCUGUGCGCGCUGUGCCUGGCCGCCAAGGGGGACGACGCCGAGGGGGCCGCGGCCUACGUCCGCCACCUGGUCCAGCCCAGCGUCGAUCGCCUGCAGGAACUGGCCGGUGAUGGCAGGCGGGACGUGCUCUGGCGCGCGGAUGUCACGCCCCGUGUCCUGUUCUGGCUGGAGAGCGUGAGGGGGGCAAUGCAGGGCACCUGUACUGCCAGCGUCAGGCCGCUGACCGGCGCUGCGCAGCAGCUGGCCAGGCCCCUCUCCCUCCUGCUGCCCGCGUACCGGGGUCAAAGCGAGGUGACCACUGCGCUCCUGAAGCUGGCGGCGGCGGUGGGCGAGAACCUGCUGCCCCUCGUCACGGAUGUGAGCGCGGCAUGCCUGCCGCUGCCCGGGAAGGGGUGA